GCUGGGAGCCGGCGGUUGGUCGCUGCCGCCGCCGCCAAGAGUCCGCUCGCCGCGUUUCGGAACCGCCGCGCCGGGCCGAACCGGGCCGCGCCAUGGACUUCAAGCUGGAGGCGCACCGCAUCGUGAGCAUCUCGCUGGGCAAGAUCUACAACGCGCGCGUGCAGCGCGGCGGCCUGAAGCUGCACAAGAACCUGCUGGUGUCGCUGGUGCUGCGCAGCGCCCGCCAGGUGUACCUGGGCGCGCCGGGCCCGGCGCCAGCGCCGCCGCCCCCCGCGCGCCCCCCGAGCGGCCCCCGCAAGCGCGCCGCCGCCGCGCCCGCGCCCGCCGCCGCCGCCCCGCUCAAGCGGCCGCGCCGCGACCCCGCCGCGCCGUCCCCCGCCGCCGCCGACGACAUGGACACGGACACGGGCGCCGACGCGGACGCGGACGCGGGCAACGUGGCCAGCCUCAUCAGCAUCUUCGGCUCCGGCUUCUCGGGGCUGCUGCGGAAGCGCCCGGCGGGCGGCCUGGAGGAGGCGGCGGCGGCGGCGGCGGCCGAGACGGCGGCGGCCGCCGAGCCCGGCCAGGGCCGCUGCGAGCCGCCCGCGCUGCGGCCCCUGAGCCCCUGGAGCACGGCCAUCGUGGCCUUCUGAGCCCCCGCUGGACCCGGGACACGGGAGGCAGGACCGCCCACCGGGGAACUGCACUGCCCGGAGGAGAUCGCGCCAGGCGGUGUUGGGAACUGCACUAACCCAGAGGAGAUCGCGCCGGGGGUCGUUGGGAACUGCCCUGCCCGGAGGAGAUCGCGCCGGGCAGCGUUGGGAACUGCACAAACCCAGAGGAGCUCGCGCUGCGUUGGGAACUGCACUAACCCAGAGGAGCUGGCGCCGGGCUGAGUUGGGAACUGCACUAACCCAGAGGAGCUCGCGCGGCGGUGGGAACUGCACUGCCCAGAGGAGAUCUCGCCAGGCGGCGCUUGGGAACUGCACUGCCCGCAGGAGAUCGCGCCCGCCCUGCGUUGGGAACUGCACUAACCCAGAGGAGCUCACACCGUGCUGGCGUUGGGAACUGCACUGCCCAGAGGAGCUCGCGCCCGUAUCGGGGUUGGGAACUGCACUAACCUAGAGGGGCUUGCGCGGUGUUGGGAACUGCACUGCCCAGAGGAGCUCGUGCCCGUGCUGUUGUCGGGAACUGCACUCACCCAGAGGAGUUAAAGCCCACUUCGGCGUUUGGAUCUGCACUCACCCAGAGGAGCUCGUGCCCGCGCCGGCGUUGGGAGAGCGAGCCAGAGGAAGGGAAAAAGUUGUUGUUGUUAUUAUUUUUUAAAAAGCCCCCGACGGGAGAAGAGGACUCCGGUGCUUUUAAAAAGAAGCGUGCGUGGAGGAAGCCAAGUUUACAGAGCGGCGCUCCAGGAGACCGUCUGGUUUUCCCGAUAGGGUGACUCCAGUCUUUGUUGUAUAAAGGUUGGGGGAGCUGAUAAGGGUUGGUUUUUGUUGUUGUUGUUUUGGGGUUUCUGGGUUGUUGUUUUAUUUUGUUUUGUUUUUUCCCCUUUUGUACAGUGUUUUCUCCUGCGUUGUAUUGGUAUUUUUCCCCCUUUUUGUAUAAAAAUGUCAACUUCACGUGUCUAACAUGGAUUAAAUAUUUUGAAGCAA